AUGAAAGAAUUCGAGAAGCAUAUUGUUGAUUUUAGUAAGCAAUUGGGAUGCUCGUUUACCGAUGAAGACGCUCCAUUGCAACAAUGGUCAACCGAAAAUUGCUUCGAGUUUUUGACGAGAUGUCUAUGGAAGAUUGAUCCCGAGACACAGUAUGAGAGUGUUAAAGAGCAACUCUUGGCUCAAGCUUGUUCAACGAUCCAACCGGGAUGGGUACCUGAGUUCUGUCGGCGAUUAAUGAUGCGUUACGACGGAAGAUUUUGGUGUCCAUCUGAGGAUUUUCCCGAAUACGUGAGUCCAUUUCAAGAUGUUGAUCAUCGAAAAGCUCUCCAAGCCGGAAGUGAUAGUCGCAAGUGGAUUGCAGCAUUGUUAAGAAUUGGCGGUUUAAAAGCUGGGAGUCUCGGGAAAAUGGAUGCAAUGAUUGUUGGAAAGCCUCGACCAGCACCGAAACCAAGGCAAUACACUAUU